AGAGGAGAAGAGGGUAGGUGUGAGAUUGACCGAACGACCUCAAAUAGGCAUUCUCUGAAAGACUUUGUUACGCAGCUUCACUACCCAUUUCCUAAGCCUGCCAACUCCCAUUAAUAUAAAAACCCCUAAACCACCACCAUUUUUCUCAGCUUGAGGUUCUUUCUCUAAAGAGAACAACAAGCUUAACCUAAUUCACUAAUACUCUAACGCUUCCUAAUUCCCCAUUUCAAUUCAACUCUUGGAGGAUUUUAGUUUCUUUUUUUUUUUUUUUUCUCUUAAGUCCCUCAUCGAUAUGCAGACUCUUUCGCCGCCCGCUUCCAACGCACUCAAUCUAAAGCAUGUUCUUCGCCCGCGCCUUUCCCCAAAUCGCCUUGGGCCGGCUCGAGUUUCCGUCAAAUGCGCUUCCGGGUUCGAAUCUUCGGGCUACGGGGUCGGCUCGAGCCGAGCCGAUUGGCAGAGCUCAUGCGCCAUCUUAGCCAGCAAGGUUGUUUCUCAGGAAAAAUCAUCUACAGACAAGAACGAUGGCACUGCCGACCACGUCGCCGCCGUCAACGGCCACAAAACCGCUGUAAGCGACCUCAAGCUCGUUCCCAUCGGAAACCUCGGCGAAGGAGAGAACAACAAGCCGAUUCCGCCGAAGCCGCUAACCAUCUCGGACCUGUCGCCGGCUCCGAUGCACGGCUCGAAGCUCCGCGUGGCGUACCAAGGCGUCCCCGGCGCGUACUCGGAAGCCGCCGCUGGCAAAGCCUAUCCGAACUGCGAAGCCAUUCCGUGUGACCAAUUCGAGGUGGCGUUCCAAGCGGUGGAGCUCUGGAUCGCCGAUCGAGCCGUUCUUCCGGUAGAAAACUCCCUCGGCGGCUCGAUUCACCGGAACUACGACCUCCUCCUCCGCCACCGCCUCCACAUCGUCGGCGAGGUCCAACUCCCCGUCCACCACUGCCUCCUCGCUCUCCCUGGAGUCCGAAAGGAGUUUCUCACUCGCGUCAUUUCGCAUCCUCAAGCACUCGCUCAGUGCGAACACACGCUCACGAAGCUCGGCAUCAACGUCGCGCGCGAAGCCGUCGACGACACCGCGGGCGCCGCCGAGUUCGUGGCCACGAACGGGCUCCGAGACACGGCGGCGAUCGCUAGCGCACGCGCGGCGGAGCUCUACGGUUUGCAAGUGAUGGCUGAUGGAAUACAAGACGACCCGAGUAACGUGACCCGAUUCGUUAUGUUGGCCCGAGAACCCAUCAUUCCACGCACGGAUCGACCUUUCAAAACGAGCAUUGUUUUCGCUCACGAUAAGGGUACUUCGGUCCUUUUCAAAGUGCUUUCCGCGUUUGCGUUUCGGAACAUUAGCUUGACCAAGAUUGAAUCGAGGCCGCAUAGGAACCGUCCGAUUCGGCUUGUUGAUGAUGCAAACGUGGGAACUGCGAAGCACUUUGAGUAUUUGUUCUACGUUGAUUUUGAGGCUUCCAUGGCUGAGGUUAGGGCUCAGAACGCGUUGGCGGAAGUGCAGGAGUUCACCUCUUUCUUGCGAGUGUUAGGGAGUUACCCUAUGGACAUGACACCGUGGACCCCUUCUUCUCGGGGAGAUUAGCAACGCCUUCUUUCUUUUUUACUUUCUCUCACACCAAACCAAAUUAUUAUGUAUAAUCUGUCAUAUCCAUUCUGAAUUUUGUGAAUAAAAGAUAAAAAAACAUUAUUUUAAUUAUAUUUUCUCACACCAUGAAUUUUGAUUGGUGUUCUUUUACUUUUGUUUGUUUGAUUAUUUAAUUUAGUUAGAAUUAAGAGGAUACUGUGGUAGAGUCUGUUAAACAUCUAUGGAAGUUAAUUUAAUGCCUUUUGUAGUGUGUACGCCUAAAUUGAAAUGGAAUACAUGAAAAACGUGCA